UCGUGACAUCUAUAAAAAUCAAGAUAAUCGUGGCUUCCAAGUCAAAAUUUAUGUAGCUAAAUUCAUAAAUGUAUCAUGAGAUACCUAUACAUUUAAGUGGUUUUAGAAAUUGAUGGUGCUUUUAUAAUUCUGUUGUGAUCGAUUAGUUGAAAAAUAGGGCAUGGGGAUUUCCCUGAGAUUUGUUGACAUUCAAAGCACAACCAAUUCAAAGCAUGCAUGUGUCAACAUUGACAGUCAUGAUGAAGUAGUUACCCCUCUCAAUUAAACCAUGAUUAACCAGCUUGGGUCCCGGAUUGUUGCCAGUUGUGGAGGCAGAACUGUCAUCAACCAUGUCAGGAGAUGUUGUGCCCAAAAGAGGGAGGACUCGUCCCUGCUGCGCCAACUGCAGGCUAAGAUUAAAAUCUCUGGACCAAUAACGGUAGCUGACUAUAUGAAAGAGGUUCUCACCAACCCUGCUGCUGGUUAUUACAUGCAUCAAGAUGUGUUUGGAUCACAAGGGGAUUUCAUCACUUCACCGGAAAUCAGUCAGAUAUUUGGAGAGUUGAUUGGAGUAUGGUGUGUGAAUGAAUGGAUGCAGAUAGGAUCGCCAUCAAAGUUUCAACUGGUUGAGUUAGGACCAGGGAGAGGAACUCUCACUGAUGAUAUACUCAGGGUUUUUUCAAAGUUUCCUCUCAAAGAUGCUGUGUCAGCACAUUUAGUUGAAGUAAGUCCGACCUUGAGUGACAUGCAGAAGGUCAAGCUACAAGGAGGGGAAACUGGUGGGGAAUCUGAGCAGACGACAAGUUCAUUUUCCUACAAACAUUGCCUAUCUAAACAUGGUUGUCGUGUAUCAUGGUAUCAACAGCUACAGGAUGUACCGAGAGGUCCGUCUGUGUUCAUCGCUCAUGAAUUCUUUGACGCGUUGCCUGUUCAUAAAUUCCAAAAAACCGAUCAACGAUGGAAUGAAAUAUUGGUUGACCUUGACCCAAACUCAGAUGGAUUACGAUAUGUUUUAUCAAAACGGCAGACGUUGGCUGCAAAAACAUUACUGAAGGUGAAGAGAGAUGAUCCACGAGAUCACAUUGAGGUGUGUCCGGAGGCUGGCAUAUUGAUGCAGGAACUUUCCACGCGGAUAGCAGAGGAUGGAGGUUUUGCUCUUUUGGCUGAUUAUGGUCACUCUGGUGAGAAGGGAGACACUUUCAGGGCUUUCCGUGAACAUAAGCUCCAUGACCCGUUAAAUGAGCCGGGCAGUGCUGAUUUGACCGCUGAUGUGGACUUUUCCUAUUUAAAAGAGAUGGCUGGCCAGAAAGUGUCGUCAUACGGGCCAAUAACUCAGGACCAAUUUCUCUACCACAUGGGCAUAGGAGCUAGAUUACAGGUACUCCUGGGCAGUGCCACCCCCUCACAACGGAAGGAUCUCAUAUCCGGCUACGACAUGCUCACCAAUCACUCCAAGAUGGGAGAGAGGUUUAAAUUCAUGGCUUUGAUGCAAAACGAUAGGAAGGACUAUAUACCUGCUGGAUUCGAGAAUCACAGCUGACAAGAGUGACAUGACUAGACUGUUCAUUUCAUAUAUAGGUCAAUUAAAGCGAACUGGAACCGCCGAGCGAUUUAUUCAACUUUUCGACUUUCACCGCCCGAGAAAGUCAAACUUCCAACUUCCUAUUCGAGUUCAGAUUUGUAGCUCCGCCCCCAGUGCCCGAGCAUGCGCAGUUCAAUUUGUUAUUAUUGAGAAUCAUGUGAGAAUCACGUGAGUCAUGCGAUCUUUCAUUCAUGUAUUUUCGUAGUAAAUUCCAUAGUAGUGACGUCACUCAAUGAUUGACAGCUGGGCGCCAUGUUUCAUUCAUGCCUCGUUCUGAUCACCCGAUACGCGGGAAAUGAAAACGAGGUCAUACGAACUGGCUUGGCGGUUUCAGUUCGCUUUAAGAUGAUUUUUCCACAAAAGAAACUUCCAGGACAAGAGCCAAAAGCUGCCCAAGACUUUGAACCAUGACAUUUUUAGCUCACCUCUUAGCAGAGGUGAGCUUAUCCCAUACCGUGGCGUCCGUCGUCCGUCGUCGUCGUCGUCGUCGUCGUCCGUCGUCCGUUAGCAGGGCACGUUUCGUAACUGUUAGAGCUAUUGAGUUGAAACUUGGUACACAUGUACCCUUAUGUAAUGACACCUGGGAGACCAAGUUUCGGUCCGAUUCGUUUCAUGGUUUGGCCACCAGGGGGCCAAACGUUAAAAGUGAAAAUAUGCAAUAUCUCCCUUAAUAGUAGUCGGGAAAUUUUGAAAAAAAUAUGGUAGGUACUUCUAGCAAAGGUGCAUCAUAUAUCCUCCGGGUUUUUGAUUUGACCUCCUUUUCAAGGUCACAGAGGUCAAAUGGUGUAAAUUGGCCGUUAGGAUGUAACGAUGGCACGUUUCUAAACUGCAAUGACUAUUGAUACCAAAUUUGGUACACAUUUACCCCUUAGUCAGGUGAUCUCAGGGACCGAAGUUUGGUCCAAUAUGAUUCACCACUUGACCACCAGGGGGCAAAAUCCAAAAACCUUAAAAAUGUGAUUAUUCCUUAACUUCUUGCCCGAUUGCCACCAAUUUGAUAUCAUGGGUACAUCUAACCACCAUACAGUAUAUGUCACACAGGUUUUUAAUUUGACCUUCUUGUCACGGUCACAGAGGUCAAAUGGCGUAAAUU